AUUACAAUCAGAGCGGUAGACAUCACAUAUCCGAGGAUUCAGGCCCUCCGUUCUUCAGGACGGGUCCGACCACAAACUGGCACGACCCCUUUCGAGUGGCAUCUUCAGGAUAUCAUCAUGAACGCGCUGAAAAACUAUGACGAUUUCAAUCACAUCGGUACGGGAGCCUUCGGAACAGUAUACAAGGCUCGAGACAAGAAGAAUGAAGGUCGUUUCGUCGCGCUCAAAAAAGUCCGAGUGGCUAUAACAGAUGAUGGCGUCCCAUUAUCGGUCCUACGGGAGAUAUCUCUCCUGAAACAGCUCGAGACAUUUCAUCACAGAAACAUCGUUCAGCUCUACGAUAUAUGCCACGGGAAACGCGGCGAGAACGAUCUUGUGAUCUUCCUUGUUCUCGAACACGUUGAUCAGGAUCUCGGCUCGUUCCUGGAGAAGUGUCCUGCGCCAGGUCUUGACCCAGAUCUGAUCCGUAGCAUAAUCCAUCAAAUGCUAACCGGCAUAGACUUCCUGCAUUCGAACAGAAUCGUCCAUCGAGACUUGAAGCCACAGAAUGUGCUCAUCACAGACAAGCACGUCAUUAAAUUGGCGGAUUUCGGUCUAGCGCGAAUUUAUGAAUAUCAAAUGGCGUUGACGCCCGUUGUGGUUACACUCUGGUACAGAGCUCCGGAGGUAUUGCUACAAUCCGCCUAUGCGAGCGCAGUGGAUCUGUGGAGUUGUGGAUGCAUUAUGGCCGAACUGUUCACUCGAAAACCUCUGUUCCCCGGUGGAUCAGAAAAUGCCCAACUGGGGAAAAUCCUCGAGGUGAUCGGAGCUCCAGCAAGAGAGAGCUGGCCGGAGGAUGUCGCGAUGUCGUGGGAACAUUUCAGUUUAUAUGGCAAAGGUGAAGAUCUAUCGAAACUGAUACCGGAGGCGGAUGCUGCCGCUCUGAACCUCAUCGGAAACUUGGUUGAAUUCGAUCCCACGAAACGGGUGACAGCCGAAGCUGCGCUCGCUCAUGCCUAUUUCGAAAAUUACGUCCCCGAUAACGACUCCUGAGAGCUCCUUAUAUUGUCGUCGUGUGUAUCGAGAUAGGCCAUGGAAGAGGGGGAAGACUCCAGAUGGAGUUCGAACAGACACUUCGCCACAAGCACUCGUGACCUUGCAGUAUUAGAAACAAGUAUUCAACGAAGAGAUGUAUCCAUCGGAAACCCUUGUACAAAUGAGCAAUUUUCCGAGCGUAGAAAUCGCUGUCCAGACGUAGGAUCGACUAGACCGUUCGAAUCGUGAGGAUCAUUGGCACACGAUAGCGACAUAUUCGAAGUCUGUUAUACCGUGGUGUUCUAUGCAGUCCGGCGUGUGAACGUGUUAUCAUACGGCAUUAUAGCAAGGUGAUGGUAAUUGACUCAUCACAGUGUUAGUACAUACAUAUAUACAGUCUAAUUUUGAUUUUGGUGGUAUCAAGUUCUGGCGAUCUCACCGCUUACGGAGAACCAAUCGCGAGCCCGGGCAUUUGAGCGGUCCUCGGCACUGGUUCACCCAAUCAAGCCGUUGAUCCAAUGGGAGCAGUUGUACAAAUUUUGGUGUCUUUUAGUUGCAAAUAUACUCCACCAACUACA